UUGAUACAAUAACAAUGUACCCAAGUGUCUGUUUUUUCACGGUACAUUGAAAAUGCACGCGGUACUAUCACACUUUGACAUUUUGAAGUAACAGCAGUCUGCGACAACUAAUAGUAGAGAAAUGAGUGAAACAAAUUCGUAAUUUCGACAACCAACAGCGAAUGCAAGGAUACACGUUAGAAUGUUGAACGAAGUAAUUUUUCGAUUUCGUAAUAUUCGUCAACGAAUCGCCCAUAUGACCUCAUCGGUAAAAACCGAUACUAUCUCCCCGGACAUAUAACAUUCCUCAUACAAGAUACUUUGACUUUGACUCUUUUAAGGUGGACGUUUUCAACGACUGCGCAGACAGCAAUCUUCUAUGUUUAUCCGUAUCAUCGCUAAUCGAUUUUUUCAACAUAUUCGAACGUAACUCUUGAACACGCCUAAAUUCUCUACUAGAUUGCGAACAACUGUCAACUUAAAUUAGCGAUCGGAAUCUGAAAAAACAAACGAAGUUUCCGAAAGCACCAGUCAAAAUAUAUCCAACACUGCUAUUGGAGGUUUAAUUGGCGGCUCGACGAUUAUUCUGCGCAUGCGCAACGGAAAUAAUUUUGUUGCGUACGUAGUACAAUUUCGAUCAUCUGGCAAGGAGAAAAUCAACAUUUUCAGUUGAAUCAUGAUUCCAAAACAAUUGUGUGAUGCCGUUCCAGGGAAUAUUAGAUACACGGGGCAUCGGCAACUGGUAUUACCACAUACCGGUCCAACUUUCGCACUAGACAUCUUUGCAGCCUCGAAAGUGUAACGCACCUGUUCGUAUGGCGCAUUAUUCCUUAUUCAAAGAUCGACGAAGGAAACGAUUAAACAACGGAUCAGAAUGACGGUCAGAGGUGUAUGUACAAACAUUUUUACCGACUGUACUCAAACAGGAAGUCCCCAAGGAAGAGUGCAUCGACAUGGAAAUGGAUCUCAAACUCGAUCAGGCCCGUCUUCGUUACCGAUAGAGAGCCGAAGGGGCGGCUGUUCAGUGUCCUAGAUCCGUCGAAGCGUAUCUCUAGGAAAAUUGCACGUUGCACUACGAGGGAUGUCCCAUCAAAAUGAUUCGAGUCGAAAGGUUUCAUUUCGGCAAUUCACAUGGCAGAUCCAACUUCGAAGUGAGAGUGAGAGAGAGUGUGUGUUUGUAAGAGACAGAGAGAAAGAGAGAAAGAGAGAGAGAGAGAGACUUUCUUUCGAACGAAAGGUGAUUUGUAUUCACGGUACUCGUGCAUUUUAUGCGGGAUGUGAAUCGAGCCUCGUAUACUCUUUCCGAUGUUUACGAAUUUCGAUCUCUCAGUGAGAUCUUCUCGGGCAUUUUCUAUCGGCGCGCUUUAAAAUAGGAGCACGUCGGGUUUUAAGUAGGCUACCCUUAAGGAGCCGUUCCCACUGGCGACCACGAAAACAGAUCUUUCUCUCUCUAUAACACGAGAAUAAUAGGUUUCCAGCGAUUACAAAAUAGAAAACAGUUUGUAUCUUCGAUCGGUUCGCCUGUCGAAUUUAGAGAACAAACGUCGCGUUACCAUUACAACAAUGAGGUCGCGUGAGAAAACACUGUAACGAACGUUUGCCAUUUAUACAGUGCCAUUGUGUAACAGGAAUUAUUUAAUCUAUUUCUAUUUAUACUUUACGCCCGCUUUCGGUACGUUUCCGUUACUUUUACUCGUUUCGACGUAUAUUUCUCCUCGCUGUUUUCCAUUUAUUUCUGAUGAUGCGUAGUGCACGGUUGAUUUGUUAAUGGCCCGUAAUCGCGUCGGCCUCGCGUUAAGACAUAAUAUUAUUCAUUUUCCUUUCUCGAACGAAAGUUAUCCAUGCACCGUGAACAAAUAUUUCUGUUAACCUUGACAAUGGUAAUGCAUAGAAAUCGGGUCACCGUGCAUACGAAAGGAUAUCUCGAUUAAAUUAAUUAUAGUCCGAGAAGUAAAAAGCUUGAAAGUAAGGUAUUAUGAAGUAAAACUAUGAAAGUAUUAAUCGCAGCCUAUAUUCUUCUAGAAGGAGAGAAUUUUGAAUUGCAAUAGCGUGGGACUUUCAGAGAUCAAGGGGGCGCGUGACAGGUUCGGUGCAACCUUGAAACCAGUAUUUUGUGAAAGGGACACUUUUCUAUAUCUAUUAAAAAGUUUAAUUACUGUUAGGUAGGUCAUGCUGCUCAUAGUUCACUAUGAAUAGUCCGGCACACAACUGACCCAUUGCUUUCCCCGUAAAAGUGAAGAGUUAAAUCAGGUUGACUCUUUCUCCCUGCUCUGUAUGGUCGAGUACCAACCAAUGUCCUAUCAGUAUGUGCACAUCAAGAUCGCUUUUACCUUUUUGCGAGCGAGGAGGGAUUCCUAGGAGUAUAAAACCGUAAGGAGCAGAUUCUCACGCCAGUAUAUGUGUAGUUUCUAUUUAGCAAGGAAACAUUAGGUUCGCGGUUUGUAGUACGUAGCACGUCUUGUAAUCCAGGACCUCCCCUGUCAUGGCGAAAAGAAUUUCGCUCAACGUGAUAAUCCUCGGCAGUAUCUUGUUAGCACGCGCGGAACCACCGGUCACGAGCUACUCGAUCACAGGGGACAAUGCCUUUGACUAUAACAGUAACGUUAUCAAAGAUGGUCAUAGAGAAAACACAGAUUUUUACUCUGGCGGAAAUAGCGGUCACUCCCUGAGCAAUGUCAGAAGCCAAAGUAGUCUGGAAGACAGUUUAAGAAGUAACUCCUACAGUGGAUUUUCACAAAAUUCUCAUAACAGUGGCUUCCAAGGAUUUUCCAGUAAUGCUCGUGAUAAUCUUGGUGCAAGUUCUUAUUUUGUGAAUGAUCCUGUUCAGUCUUCCUUUGAGGGUUACACAAAUAAUAAUAACAAUGCAGAUUCGACCUUUGCUGGAUAUACUCAAGGUGUAGAUCAAAUGGGAUCUGAUUUCAAUCAAUUCUCCAGCAAUAAACAUAAAAGUCCAAGCUAUAUGAGAUUUUCAGACAAUUUACCUGGAGCUUCUAACACAGGAAGCUUCCCUGAACUCACUUCUGAAAGUUCUUCCUUCAGAGAUUAUUCUGCAGAUACUCUCAGGGGCCACACUGCUGGAGGAUACAUGGAUGGUGACCAAGCCUUUAAUAGAGAACCUUCUAGUUUAUUUAAUGGCCCUACAACCACUGAUUAUUCUUAUGGAAAACAUAAAGAAGGUCUGUUUGGAUCAGGUAAUAGUAAUAAGUAUGCAAAUGAUGUGUACUCACCUCAUCCUGAAACACGUUAUGUCCGAGGAAAUCAUGGAAAUGGAGGAAGGGAUUAUGGGUCUCCAACGUAUUUAUCAAGCUCUGGUAACAGCUUUAUUGCUAACUUAAGAGGAGGUUCUGAUCUUUACAAUUCAGGAAAAUACACUAAAUAUAACAAGUACUCGGGAGAUUAUACUCCUAACACUGGCUCAAACUAUCUUUCAAAAGAUCAAGAAACCGAUUAUUCGCUUGGUAAUUAUGGAAAAGGAAAAGUAACAGCGUUUAAAGAUAGUAGGCCAAGUAGUUACAGUACUCAAACUUAUCCUGGAGGACCAUCAUAUCUAAGUAAAAUUGCUGGAGGUUACAAAAUUAAACCAAAUUACAUGAGUUACCCUAGCAGCUCUUCAGUUGGAUAUUCUCCCAUGCCAAAUGUACAUGGUAAUUUUAAUAGCAAUAGCUACACAGAUAGUCCCAUGCUUAGAAGAUAUCGAAGUAGUAGUGGAUACAUACCAGGAUAUGGAAAUAUAUAUGCUGGAUAUUAUUAAUGAUCCUUGUGUGACAGAUGUGAUGAACAUGUUAUAUUUUGUACAUAUUUAUUGUAUGAGUAUUUAAAAUUAAUUAUAGAUAUUACUGUUUAUACGUUGUUUAAAAUAAAAUUAUUUGAAAGAUAUUACGAAUAUUCACGUGUCCAACCUUUUGUUAUAAAAAUUAUUAGAAAAAUUUAAUAUUAAUUCUGGUGGAGUUCGAGGAAGCUUUGGUUUAGUUUGAAAUGCAUCUUCUGUAUCAAGUUCACUCUCCUGGGUGUAAGAAGUAUUAUCAAUUGUAACUUUGUUGUCAUUACAAACAUUCCUAUAAAAAGUCUAAGUUUUAACAAUAUGAUUAGAUUAGAUUAGAUUAGAUAGAUGAUUAGAUUAGAUACAAUU